GACUCGGACUCACGGCGAGUAGAGCCUGUAGUAUCGGCGGCUCGUCGAAUGGUGGGCAGGGGGGGGCAGACUGCAGCCAUUACUACCACUACCAUUACUACCACAUCUCACAUCCUACUGCUGGUGUAGCAGCGCUACAGAGAGCAGGACCACCGCGGGGGGCUUAAUUAGACUGUACUGCCAGGUCAUGUCAUUAAAGAUGGAGAUGGAUGUCAGUGGAGUUCCCAGGACGCCCAUAUCCAUUUUGCCUGCUGCUGAGGUCAAAGCUACUCUGAAGCCCGAGGCAGAUAAGCCGCGCUCCUCCAGCACCCCAUGCUCGCCUAUCAAAAGUACUGUUUCGGGAUACCAAAUCCUCCACAUGAACUCUAACUACCUGGUGGGAUUUACCACCGGCGAGGAGCUCCUUAAACUGGCCCACAAGUGGUCCGGUCCUGAGAAGAGCAACACAGAGGCCUUGCCCAGUCCUGUAAAGAAGCCUGUGGAUCUGGGCCUGCACCGCGCCUCGCGUAUUUACAAAGCCAAAAGCCGCUUCUAUCAGCCCUACGACAUCCCGGCCGUCAACGGGCGCAGGAGGAGGCGCAUGCCCAGCUCCAGCGAAUCCUGCUUCAGGUCCCUGGCAGCCAGCGAGCCCAGCAAGGCUCUGCACGGGCCUCUGCCCCUCUGCCUGCUCAAGGGCAAGCGGGCACACUCCAAGUCCCUGGACUACCUCAACCUGGACAAGAUGAGCCUCAGGGAGCCGGCGGACACUGAGGUGCUGCAGUACCAGCUCCAGCACCUUACCUUGCGGGGAGAGCGCAUGUUCAACAGGAACAAAACAUGAGCGGAGGGCCGCCAUCGCGGACUGAUCGCAUCCACAGCCAGACCACCCUCUCCACCACAGGAGGGGAGUUUGGCUGCUGAUUUGCUGUUUCUGGGCCUUGCGUUUCUCCACUCAGUUCAUAGGCAGUUCCUGUAGUAAGGCACCCAUAGACCACUAAUCUUAUUUUAAGAACUGUUAAUCAGAAGGUAUGGAUGAGGCAUUGUCAGUCAGGCCCGCCGACUAAUUUAAUCGUUAACCUGUGAACAAGAAAAAAGAAAAGAAAAACAAACAAAAAAAUUGUUUUGAUAGUGUGUGUAUGUAUGUGUGUGUGUGUGUGCGUGUGUGUGUGCGUGUGGGCACAUUUGUGCAGAAGUAUGUUUGAGUGUAUGUGAAUGUAUGUGUAUGUCAGAUGUCAGGAGGAUACGUUUGAUAAACGUGAGGGUUGAGGUCAUUCAGGAUUAGCAAUAAAUGACUUUUGGCUUAAUAAUUGCUACUACUGUAUGUGCGUGUACGCCUGUGCUAUAAGGUGUUAUAUACCUUUGUGUGGAAAAGCCUCUUUUGCAGAAACGUAAGUAUGUAUGUAAGCUCUGCACUGGAUCGCACUGUUAGUACAUCUGGAUAUGUAUAUUUAUUGUUUUUGUGUUUUAUUUGAUUUUGUUUAUAUCAUUCAUUUUGUCCUGGUUAGUUCACUGUGUUGUUCUCCGUUCUCCUCUAAUGUUAUGUUAGCGUAUUCGCAACUAUAGCAUCUUCUCAAAUGUGUCAUCAGGUGAGCUCACCUUCACCUUCGCUCCUGCUUUUGCCUCCGUCUGGCAGGAAUCUUCAUGUAAAACUCUGACUUGUUACACAAUCUGUGGGUUAUUUAAGACAGCGCUGUGAGAGGCUUUGAGCUGGAGAGGCUUAUCUUCAGAGAACCUGAGCUAAGAUUAGAGCCUCAUAUACACACUGUUAAUCCUCCCUUUCCAUUUUUUCAUCCCCCACACACACCCCGUGCCCCCAUACACCGCAGGACGCCGCUCGGAUUACUCUAGUCCUGUUUUUUUCUUUUCCAGAUUGAGUAAUCCUUCCUGUUGGGAAUCGCUUUCAUGAUAACGUGAAGGAUCUACAUGGGUAUACAGCGCUGAUAUGAUGCUGGUCCAUGUUUACACACAUCAUUAUAUCAGAUAUGAAUAUGAUCCUGCUUUCUUUAUUUUGUUGUUGGUGUUUAUUUCUCAUCUUGGUGCACAGUAUUGCUACUGAAACAAACCAAAGGAUAAACUUACUUUGGGUGUCCUGGGGAAAACUUGAUUGCUAAUGUGAUUUUCUUUUCUUUUUUUUUUCUUUUUUGUGGAACACCUGACAAUCAUAUCCAGAUUUUCUACCCAAUAAGCCAAACAGCUGGAAACGUCAGCUGGUUCACAUCGCUCAUAUUCUGCUGCCGGCCAGGCAUGUUUUUUCUUUUAUUUGUUUUCUAAAUAUAAAACAUUUGUAAUAUGUCUUACUAUUUAAAGCUAUAAUUAGUGUACUAUUUAUUGUCUACUAGUACCAUUGACAUCAUCACCACUACUACUACUACUACUACUACUACUACUACUACUUCUACUACUACUUCUAUUACCACUACCAGUAAAUAGUGUGGACCUGAUACAGUGGUUUGAAAAGCAUGCAACGGAUUUGUUUUUAAAGACCAUCUUUAAGAUUUAGGCUAGUGCAUUUGUAUUUACCUGUGUUUUUUAUGGUUUUAUGGUCAAAUAAUACACUAUCCUGAAUGUCGUAAUAUUUAAUGUUUAUUUUUUAAGUCCCCAUAUCUGCACCCUAAUCUGAUUGCCCAUUAUAUUUAAUUUGAUCUUUUUUAUUAUUAUUUCUUUCUAUGUUUAAUAUAAAUUAGGAUUUCAUAUAUAUUUUUUUCUUACUCAAACAAUGGAAGUAUGUUUGGUUUGAUGUGGAAUUGUACACAAAAGGCUCUUUUUUGUGGGUUGUUUGCUGGAAAGCUACAAAUUACAGUGAAUGCUUUGUUGGAAGUUUUAUUUAAAGCAGGUUUUGUGGUAGGAUUGAGUGUAAUUGGGUGUAAUGUCGGGUAACAUCCUCAUUGUACCUUUUGGGGGUGUAAAGGUACGCAAAAGUCUAUGGUACGAUUUGGGUUUGGAUGUCGUUCUUGGUGUGGCACAGUGGAUAACACUACCCUCUGCAUGUGGGGGUUCAAUUCCUGGGUUUGGGGGGGGGGAACUUUUGCAUUUUGAAUAGACAUUUGUGCAAGUCGUUUUUCCGUCCAUCUGUCCUUCUAUUAGAUUUUUUCAGCAGUAAAGUGUAAUUAUUAGCAUGUCUGAUAUGUUAGAAUACUCACACACACAGACAAAUGCAGACACACCGUCCUCAUCCAAUCCACUAUGAUUUCAUGAGUUGGAAUAAGCUGUUAAACAAGCAUUUCUCAGAUAUUCUGGCUUUUACACUAUGGAAUCAUCCACUGGUAGACGGACAGUAAUCAGUAAUAGUAAACUGCAUAAAUGUAAUGCUAAACAUUACUACUAUUCAUUUUACUAUUGGUGAGGGUUAGCUCUCCUGACUUUCUGAGUAGGAAAUCCAUCAUGUUUGGUUGUAUUAGUUUACGAUUCCUACUUAAAACGAAUAAAUUCUGACAUGUGGGUUUUAAUAGAAUACAGCAUUAACCUGUAAGUGUGUGCUGUGUACAGUACAUGACCCCGUACUGUAAUUCAUACAUGUACCAUGACGACUAUGCGUACCGUUACACUCCUGGCACCUUUUAAUAUUAAGGUUAAUUAAUAACUGUUUACUGUUUAGAUGAUAUGCACUAGACUUUAUUAUUUUUUCUUUAUUUAUUUUUUGUUUUGUUUUGUUUUUUUGUUCAUUGAUAAGCGAAUAUUUACUACGAAUGCUGAGAAGAGCACCUUAGACUUAGACAUCAGUGAUAUAUAUUGGUGGGAUUUCCUCUCGUCCUGACUGAACUGCAUAUUGAUCCUACGUGUUGCUUUUCUUUUUUCUUUUUGCCUAUUUGUUUACAUAUUGAGUGUUUUACUAUAAGGCUGGAAUACUGUUGUGUGAUUGGUUGUGUGUUUGAUUCUUUUGAUGUUUUUUGGACUGAUUUUGAUUUGUAUUGUGCCAGAUUUAUUAUUGCUGUGAACAUAAAUGGAUAAAGGCUGCAGCUCUUGGCUGCUGAUCUGAGCUCUGCUAUGUACCGUUUAUCUUAAAAUAAGGGAAUAAUAGGAAGCUGUGUGAUUUCUGUGACUCAGGACUGAGCCAGACUGUUUCUCAAGUCGUUUUUCAGCACAGUAACACUACAGCCCUGUACUGCUUAUAGUUCUAAAACGGUUCCUGCUGACUGAUUUUCUAUAUUUUACCUGUCGAGGUGUCCCAAUAACUAUAAUUAGAACUCGGAGACCAUAAACACAUCUGAUUUAUUUGAUAGGAUCAGCUUGUAGGAUUAAAAUCUUGACCAUGGCAUUAUCAUACUUUAAGAGCUGAACUGGAAACUUCUGGAACACAUUUUUAUUGUUCUUGCAUCACCAAGUAAAAAAAUCUGCUGUAAUGUGUGAAUGUGAUUUUAAAAGCUGAUACAAAACCCCUGUUUACACCUGAUCACUUAAUCCUCCUUGAGUAUCAGGAUUAAAUCUGAAUAAGUAAAAGCCACAUGAAAAUGCAAGUGUAAACCCACCGAAUACACAUGUAAAUAUGAUUGAUUGAUAUCUCUCUCAAACAAAUUCAGGAGGUGGUCUGAGAUGGUGGUUUUUGAGCCACAUGUUGAAGCAGUGUAAACACAGCACUUUCCAUCUCCAAUGAACAUGCAAGGACAAAUAAAAAAAAAAAAACAGUAAACUUUGGCAUAUUAUGAGCAAUUUUAAUUUUUUUUUUUUUUUCGAAAAACAAACUAAAUAAAUGGAGAUUUAUUGACUACCAAAUAGCUACAAUCAAAUUAGGACACAAUCCAGAUAUUACUCAAAUAAUGUAACCAGGUGUAAACUGAUCACUUCGUCGUUGCUAAGUAUCAGAAUUAUAUCUGGAUAAGUCCAAUAAAAAUGCCAUAUGUAAAUGCAAGUGUAAACACACAUAAAUCUACAUUUAAAACAGAUACAAAUCAGAUGCAUUUGAGCCACUGGUUAUACCAGUGUAAACCCAUAUAGGUUUAAUAACUGAAAAAUCUUUAAUAAUUGUUAGACAAUUAACAGACAGUGAACAGAUUAGCAUUUUCCGUCCCUCACAAGUAAUGCAUUUCACUUGGACUCUGGAUACAAUCCAGACUCUAUUGGCAUGAAGUGACCAGGUGUAAACACACUUAAUACACAUUUAAUUAACAGAUACACAUCAGACCCAUUUGAGCCAUGUUAUAACAAUGUAAACACAAGUACUAAUCAGAGACACAUUCAACUAGCAAGUGUAUGUGUCUAACAAAUUCAUGUGGCUAAAAUCUGAUCAUAAUACAAUCCAGAUUCUACUCCCAUUAAUUGACCAGGUGUAAACAUGGUCCUAAAGACAUAAGGAGCCCUUACAGGUCACAGUGCCUCUACAUACAGUCACUGCACAGUGUAUCUCAGCCUUCUCUGCCAUUCAGCACAUUUAUUUAUUUAGGAUAUUCACAAUCUCUUACAGCCAGCGCUGUGCUUCAUAACUCUGGUGUUCUGUAACCCGACUGCUUCUCGUGUGUCUGUGCCCUGCAAUGCUUUUGUAUGUCCCGAGUUGAACCUUACACUCAACAUUAUUAAAACACUACACUGGA